AUUCAUGACAUGGCAACAAAAAUCAUCUUCUUCACGGUGAAUGGGAGACCGGAGCAGGCUGAGUUCCCUGUGGACUGUCCUGCUCAGGAUGUCAAAGAUCUCUUCCGCUGUGCAGCCGAAGCGGGACCCCAUGACAUCCUGAAGCUGUACAACCCGAAAGGCAACAUCAUCAACAUCUCCCCUCGUCUGGAGCCCAACAGCCCGAACUCCUGCUACAAGCUGGAGGUGGUGGCUGCCGACUGCAACAGUGUGGAUCUUGCUGGUGCACUCGGAUUUGACCUCUCAGCCAUGGAGAAAAGACUGCAGGGCCUGGAGAAGAAAAUCCUGAUUGAAGCCGGCGAGACUCCUGCUGUUGUUUAUGAGAUGAAGAAACAGGUGGAUUCAUUCAGGGAGAAACUCGAGAGUGUGGAGCACCUGAGCUGGCUCGGAUUAUUCAAGGAUUUAUCAGAAGGAACGCACAAGCCGUCCCCGUUUUACCACAAGAGGACGCUCCGAAAGACCAGAGAGGAGUGUGAGCAUGUACGAGAAAAGUUCCUUCAAAUGAGCUCUCUGGAGGUUUCAGAAGAAGUGAGGCAGUACUUAAAGACUCCAACCUUUGAUAACUGGCAGUGGGAGGACGCAGAGAUCAUGGUGCUCCUGCAGGUCAUGUACACAGAUUUGGAUUUCAUAGCGAUCUACAACAUCGAGCCUGAAGUGCUGCAGCAGUUUUUGUUUGAAGUCUACCGAAGAUACAACAACAUCCCUUUUCAUAACUUCAAGCAUUGCUUCUGUGUCACCCAGAUGAUGUAUGGUUUGAUCUGGCUGACUGAUCUCAGGAGUAAGAUGGACAGCAUUGACCUGCUGAUCAUGCUGACCUCUGCGGUUUGUCACGACCUCGACCACACAGGAUACAACAACGCCUACCAGAUAAAUGCUCGGACUGAACUGGCUCUUCGCUACAACGACAUCUCCCCGCUGGAGAACCACCACUGUGCUGUAGCUUUUGAGAUAAUGGAGAAGACAGAGAGCAACAUCUUUAGAAAUGUAUCCAUGGAUCAGUUCAAACGGAUAAGAGAAGGGAUCAUCAAAUGUAUUCUGGCCACAGACAUGACGAGACACAACGAGAUCCUCAACAAGUUUAAAUCCAUCCUGCCGACAUUUGACUUCACCAACAAAGACCACAGAGAUGUGCUGAUGAUGAUUCUGAUCAAAGUGAGUGACAUCUCCAAUGAGGCGCGGCCCAUGGAGGUGGCCGAACCCUGGUUGGACUGUCUCCUGCAGGAAUUUUACAACCAGAGUGAUGUGGAGAAGUUAGAGGGUCUUCCUGUGACCCCCUUCAUGGAUCGGGAUAAGAUAACCAAACCUUCAUCUCAAACUGGCUUCAUCAGAUUUGUGCUUUUGCCU